GUUGGACUCCAGCAGGUUUUACUUCUCCGCAGCGCGCGCGUGUUUCUUUAAAACUCGUUUGUUUCCGUGUCUUUUUUUUUUUUUUUUUUCUUCUUCAUCAUCUUUGGAGGGGGGCCUCCAAUUGCUGUUCUUUGUCCUCGGCGUUAGGAGCAGCAAAGCGGCAUGUGCGCCGCCUAGACACAAAAAGCUCCCGCGCACCCGCAACAGCGGCGGCAACAGCACCACGACAGCCCGCCAGACAACAUGGAGCGAAUCGGGGUGUCAUUCCUCGACCCGCUGGACGACUACGAGCUCGUCCACCGGAUCGGGUGCGGCACCUACGGGGACGUUUUCAAGGCUCGCAACAUCCGCACAUCGGAACUGGCCGCCAUCAAGAUCGUCAAGCUGGACCCAUGUGAUGACAUCACGUCCAUCCAGCAGGAAAUCACCAUGAUGAGGGAAUGCAAGCACAAGAACAUCGUGGCCUACUUUGGCAGCUACCACAGGAACACCAAACUGUGGAUCUGCAUGGAAUACUGUGGGGGAGGCUCUCUUCAGGACAUCUACCACGUGACAGGCCCAUUAAAGGAGAAACAGAUUGCGUAUGUGUGCAGAGAAACCCUCCAGGGUUUGUACCACUUGCAUGAAACCGGCAAAAUGCAUCGAGACAUCAAGGGCGCCAACAUUCUUUUGACAGAGCGAGGAGAUGUCAAACUGGCGGAUUUUGGGGUGGCAGCAGAGAUCAGUGCCUCUGUGGCCAAAAGGAAGUCGUUCAUCGGGACGCCCUACUGGAUGGCUCCAGAGGUGGCGGCAGUGGAGAAGAAGGGCGGCUACAACCACCUGUGCGACAUCUGGGCCGUGGGUAUCACCGCCAUCGAACUGGCCGAGCUCCAGCCCCCCAUGUUCGACCUCCACCCGAUGAGAGCUUUGAUGCUGAUGUCCAAGAGCAGCUUCCAACCACCAAAACUGAAGGAAAAAACCAAAUGGUCUCCGGGUUUCCAAAGCUUCGUCAAGAUGGCGCUCAUCAAAAAUCCUCGGAAAAGGCCGUCCGCUGAGACACUACUACAGCAUCCGUUCGUGACACAAUUGCUGACCCGCAAGCUGGUCAUGGAGCUGCUGGACACUGCCAACAACCCCGAGCUGCACGCCUCGCACAACAUGGACGACAACGAGCUGGAGAUUGGUCUCCAAGCUCCGGACAAGAUCCGGUCGGCAGGGAAACACCUACCGGUCGAGAGAACCGUGUCUGAAGAACAAUUUGGCCAAGUGACGUUUGGGCCACCGCUGAGGAAAGUCACGGAACCUUAUCCUGAUCUGAGCUCGUACGACGACGACUGGAGCUUGUCUGGGGAUGAAGACGACUCACCGAGCCUGCUGGAAUGUGUGGAGCAAGCUUUGCAGCUGAGGAGUUUAACCAUAAAGAGGGCGCCAUCUACUGAUGGAGGAAGGAAGAGCGGUCUAUUCAGUCCCACGACCGCCUCCCUGCCCGCAUUUUGCUCUUUAAGCGUCAACGCCGGGGACAAAGACGUGACGGAGAGGCCGAGCUGUACGCUGGGCCCGGACGCUUCCACUGCGCCCGACUCGACCGCCGUCUUGGCCCGGUGCUCGGCCACACAGGACAUCAGGCAGCGCUGCAGUGACCCGUGUCUGCCAGCGGGGGGCGCUGUGACGACAGAGAGGAGGAAAUCCAGCGCUGAAAAAGAGACUCCCCUCUCACCUGAAUGGAGCACACUCAGGAAAAAGACGGAGGAAGCUAGGGCAGAUUUUCAUGGACUUCCUCCCACCCCUCAAGUGCAUAUGGGGGCUUGCUUUUCCAAAGUCUUCAACGGCUGCCCUCUCAAAAUCCACUGUGCCGUCACCUGGAUUUUUCCCAGGACGAGAGACCAGUAUCUGAUUCUCGGGGCAGAGGAGGGAAUCUACACACUCAACCUGAAUGAACUUCAUGAAGAUACACUUGAGAAGCUGUUCCCCCAGCGAUGCACAUGGCUGUACGUGAUGAACAAUGUGCUGAUGUCCGUGUCAGGAAAAUCGUCCCAGCUUUAUUCCCACAGUCUGAGCGCCCUGUUUGAGCAGAAGGGACAUUUGUCGAAAAAACACGGCAGUCUGUCGCUCGGCACCAGCCGUUUCGCCGACAAGAUCGGCACUCGAAAGUUUGCCUUAUCUGUGAAGAUCCCCGACACAAAAGGAUGCAGGAGGUGCAGUGUCGCUCGAAACCCGUACACGGACAGUACUUUUUUAUGCGGAGCCGUUCCGUCCGGCCUCGUUCUGCUCUUGUGGUACGAGCCUCUCCAAAAGUUCAUGCACCUCAAGCACCUCGCAACGAAGCUCCCCGACCGCCUGGCUAUAUUUGAGCUGCUGGUGUUGGUCACCGACGAAUUCCCCCAGUUGUGCGUGGGGGUGAGGGACUGCGCCGACGGCAACCUCAAGUUUGAUAUCGUCGAGCUGAACGGCACGCCCAUUUCAGAGCCCGAAAACGGGGCCGUCAAGGCCGUACAGGUCACCCAGUUGGACCGAGACAGCGUUCUCAUCGCAUUUGAAAAAAGCGUCAAGAUUGUAAACCUACAGGGCCUUCCAUCCAAGGAGCUCGCUGCUGAAAUGGUGUUUGACUUCCCCAUUGAAACUCUCGUUUGCUUGCAGGACAGUGUGCUGGCUUUUUGGAAGCACGGCCUGAAAGGAAGGAGCUUUCACUCAAACGAGGUAACACAAGAAAUUACAGACGAGAGUCGAGUAUUUCGAGUUUUGGGAACAAACAGAGACAUCAUCCUUCAGAGCACACCGACCGACGAGCCCUCAGCGCUGAGUAACGUCUACAUUUUGACAGGCCAUGAAAGCAGUUAUUGAAAUUUUUCUGGAGCAAGUAUAAAAAGUAUUUUCAGCCAUUUGCAUUUGUCCUUGUUGGCAAUAUGGAAUUUAACUUGAAUGUACUGCCCGUAAGCAUGGUAGCAAUACUGGAGUCACAUUCUUUUAUUUCCAGAUCCAGAAAAACAAAAACGCAAUCACUAUCGCACAAGACCGAAUCACGCCGAGUACUUCAUACGGUGUACGAGCGUGUGGUUUAUUUAAAUAUGAAGAAAUUGUUGUCAUUUUAUUAGACGGGGAGCUGAGGCUAAUGCUAACUGUAAACGGCGGUAGAUAUUUAUUAGAAUUUACUGAACAAAACAUGGACAACUUGCGACUGAGAGUUAAGUUGUAAGGUAUGUUCCACUAUGCUAAGUCUUUUAUUUUUUGUAGAAUAUAACUAUUAUUUAUGGAACAUGCACUGUAUAGCUCAACACCUAUCCCAGAGAUACUUGAAUAUUAUUUGCAUGUAACCAUGUUUUGAGGGUAAUUGUUGAUAAAUUUAUAACAUUUGUACACUAUGCUUGUAACAUGUAUUUUAUAUGAGAAAAUGUUCUUGUUUUAAUGUCACUAGUAACCUCGACAGAGAUUGUGUCACAACGAUGGUUGAUAUUGGACCUAGAACGGAAUAUUGUACGUUGCAUCACACAGGAAAUAAACCUGUUUUUAUUUCUACAUAAGUACAAAAAUGUU